AUGUUGGUAUUAUUCUUAUUUCUUCCUAAUCGUAACGCCUUCGCCUCGAUUAAUAAGAGAAUCGUUCUGACACAACCCACUGUAAUUUUGGUCUCGUACGAUGGUUUCCGGUGGGACUACAUGGAGAAAGUUCAUACUCCGAAUUUGAAUUUUAUCUCAAGUAAUGGCGUCAAAGCGAAACACCUUCUCAAUACCUUUGUUACCAAGACAUUCCCGAAUCAUUUCACGUUAGUUACAGGACUUUAUGAGGAAAGCCACGGGAUCGUAGCAAAUACGUUUUUCGAUCCUUUUUUCAACGACACUUUCUACUUAGAUGCGGUGUCAAAGCAUUACUUGGAUUCAAAAUGGUGGAACGGAGAACCGUUGUGGAUCACGAAUCAAAAAGCUUUUAAGAAGAGUGCUGUGGUGUUUUGGCCUGGUUCAGAGGUGAAAAUAGAAGGCCAGUACCCUACACACUAUUUACCCUAUAAUCGGUCACUUUCCUUCGAGAAACGAAUAGAUUAUUUAUGUACAAUGUUAGAACAGGUUGAUCCUCCAAGCUUUUUGGCCGCUUAUUUUAACGAGCCAGAUCACAGUGGGCAUAAAUUUGGCCCCAAUUCACCAGAGAUUAAAAGCAUUAUUCGUAGGAUGGAUAAUGUCACUGAAUAUCUGUUGGAAAGUUUACGAAAUCGAGGAUUGUUGAAUCAGGUAAGAAGAUCUAAUCUUAAAUAAUAACCAAAUCAAUCAGUUUACUGUGAAAAGUUGACAUCAGCUGACGACGAUUGUUUCAUCAACAAUUAUGUACGCGAUGAUUAAGUUUAUUUAAGCUUGACUACGGAGCCCUUUCACUCCUUGCCGUUGUGCACUGCUGGCCUGUGUCAUAAACAAAACUAUAUCUCAUGGUUCAGUCUGUCUGCAUGUCUGAGCACCGAAAUUUUUGUUCUGGCUCCCCAGCUGUGUAUCAGGAUUGGAGUUCAUAGCAUGUGCUAUGAUUGGCCUGUAAAGAAGCCAUUGUUGGAUCAGCCAAUCUGGUUGGUAAUUUGUUGAGUCCAUUGUGGUUCCAGAACAAGGAUCCCAGCACUGCUUCAGAGACCUCACUAGCUGGGUUUAGAUUACAUCAGUGAUCCAGGAUACUUUGUGUAUGACUAGAUCAUACCCAAUGCCGAGGGUUAUUCACUACUAAAGCCAAUGAUGAUGCUUCAUCAGCUGUCAACACAAAUUGUCACAAUGGAAAUUGUUUAGCUAUUUUUAAAACGAUUGAUGUUGAUAUGGGAGAUUUUUUGUAGAGAAUAUUGCAUUCACACUCCCAGUGAUUCUGUUACCUCUACGCCUGCCUGCAUCUUUGAUGCAAAAAAAAUCCCCAAAGAUGCAAAAUAAUUUGUGGCAUGCGUUUCGUAGGGCACAACGGUAGAUCGAUUGAUCUAAGGGUGCUUUCGUAGAAUAUCCUGUUUGUGUGAUUUCUGUGGCUGUUCUUGCAGCUACUUUUUAGCAAUUAAUAUUGUUUUGUCUUUGUUGUGGUUUACAAAAGAAGGAGUGUAUUUUUAAUUCAGUAAACUGCAAUACAGAGUUUUGCAGUCAGAUUAACUGUCUGGUUAUAUAAAGGCCAAAUUAAGGAUUCUUUGUUUUUUGAACUGGGACUCAUCGGCUCUGGACUAGGACUCACGAUUUUUCACAAGAUGAGUCCCAGGACUCAACAUAACUAUUUGUAACAAAAUCACUGUACUCCUGGAAAUUUUGCUGAAAAACACCUUUUAGAACUAGUCGGACCAUUUUCUGGGUGCUGUCCUCCAAAAAGGAGCAAAACUAGAUGGGUGCUCUCACCACUGUGCCAGCCUUGCCUCCCAACUUUCAUUUUAAAUACUGUUUAAAUCUAGAUGAGUAUAGCUACAGUAGUACGCAUGCUCUGAUUGGCUGCUAAGUGGGCAUUAUUUUCUCACAAUGGCCGUGCAUUACUAGCUGGCUUCUAAAAUCUGUGCUAAACUUGAUAGUGGAAAUCCUUAUAGUCUGAGUAUUAGGCCCUCCCCCAGAAAUGCGUGAUACUCAGGCUAACAUCCUUCAGGACAUCCAUGUAAUAGUCAAUUGACAGUUGUCAAAUAGGGUAUCGAUUGACCAGUGUCGCAUGACUGUAUCAUGGGGUCAAGUUAGUGUACAACUCAUUGAAGUGACGUGUUUUUUUAAAGUUAUCCAGCUGUUGGUUUUAAUUGACUGCUUGCUCAGGUCCAUAAAGAAAAGGCCUCAUAAUAAAUAACUUAUUUUCGUCCCUUCGGUCAUUACCGGGAAAUGUCUGACCUUAGUCUGAGAUUUCCCUGUAAUGACCGAAUGGACAAGGUUAAUAAGUGUUAGUUAUUGACUCUGGGGGGAAGUCAACACUCCAGGAUAAAAAAAGGCCCUUGGGCCUAAUAUUAUGUUGAACUACAUUCAGCCUCAGGGCUAGUAUGAAAGUGACUUUUUUUUAGCCAGAAUAGGGCUACUACUAGGUCUCACAGUGGGUAAAAGCGUGCGUGCAUCUAGCUUUCUUUGUAGGGUGUGCAAAUUUUCAAAUUUGUGUGUUGUCAAUGGUGUUCGGUGCUUGUAAUGUCCAUUCACUCUGAUGGAGGCCAGUAAAGCUGGUCGAAAUAGGUGAAGGACAUAAAAAGGCAUACUGUUUUGGUCUUCAUUUGUGGAACUGGAUUUAUUCAAUUAUGAAGAGAAUGUCUUUUAGUAAAUGCUUGUGAUAUAUUAUAUAUAUGGUACGAUGUAGUAACUCUUUAUGUGUCCCUUAAGAUUAUUAUUAGGUAACAACUCAUGGAUCUAAUUAUAUUUCCAUUGUAUUUUUAUGACCCAUUUUAGGUAAACCUGAUUAUCACAAGUGACCAUGACAUGGCAGAUGUCAACAACUCCCGUCUUAUCCAGCUGGAUUAUUACAUUCCAUCAGACUGGUAUACACUCAUCACUGAUCCAAACAUGGCAGACCAUGCUUCUAAUGUGUUUUUUUCAUAUUCUACCCAAGAAAGGAAGGUUGAACGACACCUACCAAAAGCUCAAGACUGUUCCACAUCUAUAUACAUACCUUAAAGAAGAAAUAUCUGAAGAGUUUCAUUACAAGCAUAACUGGCGUGUCAUGCCAAUUUUCGUUGUUGCGGAAGAAGGAUGGACCAUUACAAAAAACAAGUCAAAAAUUGACAGUCGUGGUAACCAUGGCUACAGUAACCAAUUCCCUGAUAUGCACCCCUUUUUUCUUGCCCAAGGACCUGCAUUCAAAGAAGGCUUUGUUUCAGAACCAUUUGAAAAUGUGAAUAUAUACUCUCUUACGUGUCAUUUACUGGGCAUUGAACCAAUGCCAAACAAUGGCUCAUUACAAGCAGUGCAGCAUCUGCUAAAGGAACACAAACAUGAUUAUACAGUGUUGUCAGAUAGUAGCCAGUGUAAUUUCUGUUUUAGUUCUUUUGUUAAUGAGUUAUGGUAUUGUCUCAUUUUUGUGUCAAAAAUCAUUGUAGAAUAAGGCAGUAUGGCCAUAUAUAUGACUUAGGAACAUCAGAAUUGUUUGACUUGUAAACAGUUCCAGGUGGGUUAAAGGGGCUGUGUCACAGUUUUCUAGUUCAUUUUGCUAAUUUUGCAAAUAUUAAACAUCCUUACUCAAAAUGGAACUUUGCUUCAAUGACAAAAUUACUGGUAAAUUACAAAAUUACAGCUUUAAGUUGAACUGGAUAUGUCUCCCGGUCAAAAAUUAUAAUGUUACAGACAACAAAACUGUUCUUUUAGAGUUUUGACUUGUUAUUUUAAUGUCUCACUCAAUUAAUGAUUUGGUGGCAGCUCCCCACUGUUUGAAUUUUAAUAGAUUUCAUGACCCAUCUCCUUUACAAUAAAAUAAUAAUGAGUUAUUGACCAGUGAUGUCAAGUAAACAUAAGUAGUAUGAUAAUUUAUUGAUUGGUUUGAAAGUAAUGAUAUUGUUGUCAAUAUCCCAUAUUAGUCCCCAGGCUGUGCUACCUCAGCCCCCCAAAGCCCCUAUAGUGUUGCUUUAACAAAAGCUACUUGGAAAUCUGUUUUGUCUUUGCAUAAAGAUCAUUAAAUGCUGGGUUCACUGUUUUUCACAGGCUCCCUACUAUUUUUCCACAGAGCCUUGGCACCCAUCAUGAUAGUAAGAUUUGUUAGACUAUAGAAAUUUAUUUUAAUUUUUUUAGAGCAAAUUAUUUUUUAUAUCUGUAAAUUUUAAAUCUUUUUUUUCCUGAAU